AUGCAAGAUGCAGGGGAUAAGGUGAUCGAACAGGAGAACAUGGGACUAGAGGGGGGUUGGUUGAGCCAAGCGGCCAACUCACCAGACGACAUCAAGCGGCGCUCAUCUCGAUCAAGGAACAAGCUGUGUAAUAUUGUAAUAUUGUCUCACAGCUUAGGCCUUGUCUUGGCGAUGCCUUAUGCCGUCAUGUCAUAUCGUCGUCUUGGAGAUAUUGCAGGAUCUGUGGUGUAUUCCAGAACCUGGACGAGCCAGGAGGAUGGGUUGAGCAAGACGAAACAAAUCCGAGCGCUGAAGGAAGGGGAAGGAACAAAAUAG